UUUUAAAAAUUGGAAAGAUUUUAAUUCUGAAUUUUAGUUUUGAAACAUUGACGUUUUAAUUUUAAAACCAUGAAAUCUGAAUUCUUAAACUUUCAUCAUGUGCUAUACAUAUUGAUCAAACAUGCAAUCACUUUUAUACAUUGUUAUCCCUUGUUCUUCUGUUACAGGUGUAUCUUAAACAAUAAAUACAUUGAAUAUUAUUAUUUCGUACUGAAAUAACAAAGUCAUAUAAAAAUGAUAAAGAGAAAGAAGGGUAAAGGUAACAAAUUUGCUCGAAUGAAUGAAGAAGAACGUGCACGUUACAUGCAACAUCGUGUUGAAUUUGAAUUAGAAGCAAAACGGCGUAAACAGCAAUUAAUAGCUAUUUUCACCAAAAAUAAGCUAAAACGUGAAGGAGUAUUUUUUAAACUGAACGAUGCAAAAAUCAAUGAAAAAUGGAGAUACAUUCUGCGACAAAUAAAAUGUACAGAAUUCUAUGAAGAUAUAAAACAUGUUUCUGAAACUUUUGAAAGAGCAUUAAAGAUAAAAAAUGAAACAAUAUCUUGUCUAGAAAAGGAAUUAAAAACAGCUGAUGCAGACCACAGAAAGCUCCAAGAGUCUCAUAUUAUGUUAAUAAAUAAUAUAAUUGGAAAAUACAAAGAGAAAUUAAAAAUAUUACAUGAUAUGUACAAUUUGAAUAAUAUUGAAUGUAACAAUAUCAUUGAACUAAAUGAAUUGAAAAAUUAUUUGAAAGAAAAUUGUAAAGAAAUUUAUAAUAUCAUACAGAAGAAAAUUGUCAGUUUAAAUGAAAAACAAUCUACAAAGAAAAUAAAAAAUGCUGUGAACAUUCUUAACAUAGCAUACUUGAAGGAAGACUUAACAUCAGAUCUUUUGAAUUCUUCUUUUUUUAAAAUUGAAAAUCUGUGGGAUUAUCUUCAUAAAAUGAUAGAUGAAUAUGAGCGAAUAACUAAGAGCAAGAAAAAACAAUAUGAGUAUUUAAAAGAACAAGACAAUAUUGAUCAAAUGUUAAUAUUACAAUAUCCAAAAACAUGUUUGCAACUACAGAAUGCCAUUGAAAAUUUGAAAUCCAAUAUAGCGAUACUACGUAUGAAAAGAGACAGUCACAUAGAAAUACUUAAAACACAAGCAACAGAUAUAAAUAAAAAAUUCAAAGAUAUUAAACAAAAGAUUGUUAUAAUGCAGAUAAUUGAUUCUUCGAAAAGGAAAAAAUUAAUUAUUACCAGCAAUGAAAUUUUGAAGUAUUUACAGCAAAUCAUGGAAAAAAGUUCUAUGGUCCUGGAAAUGGUUAAAAUCUGUUCUGUAUUAGAACCAACAUCUUUUAAUACAAAAAGGUAUUUUACACAGGAUGCAAUACCAACUGAAUUUUUUGACAAUAAUAUACCUAAAUCGUACUACAAAAUCAAUAAAUUUUGGGAACAGUAUAAUUACAUUAAAGUAGAUAAUAUUUUAUUAAAAAAGAAAAGUAACAAAUUAUGUGCAGAGAAUGAGAAAUUGACACAUAAAUUACAGGAAUACAUUAUAGCAGUCUCUGAUAUACCAGUAUUGUAUCCCAUUGUUUCACCUCUGAUUUAAAUAGGCUAAGUAAU